ACACACCAGAGACGCACACACCUGACACACCAGACACAGACACAGAGCAUGCUGGCAAAGCUCACCUUGGAGAGCAUCAAACCACUGAUACAUGGGAAGAAGUAAAUAGUAGUAUGCACAAGGAGGUAGUAGAUAUUAAGCGCGAUGAACCAAGCAGCACACAACGGAGGACAUAUAGGACUCAGUCCACAGAUGAAGUAAUUAGUAAUACGACUAAGCAAGAGAAUACAAGUCAUACUAGUAUUAUGACUAAGCAAGAGAAUACAACAAGUAAUACUUGUAAUACGACUAAGCAUGAGAAUACUAAAAGUAAUGAGCGAGAUGAACCAAGCAACACACAACAAAGGACAUGCGGGACUCCACCCACAGAAACUGCACAAACGACCAUCAAGCCCAUGACCCGAAAGGAGCGCAAGCUGGAGAAGAAGCGGCAGAAGGAACUGAAGAAGAAACGACAGAAACUCAAGAACAUCCGAAUAGACACCAUGGGCAGCAACGGGCUACAGGCGUGUGUGGAUGUGAUGCUGGGACUAUACAUGUCAAAAGAGAACCAGUGCAGUGACUGGAGUACGCGCCCGCUACGGACAGAGCAGCUGCGCUACGCCGCUAUGGAUUCUGCACUUCUGAUUCCUCUG